GCGCAAACGCAUGAGGUGAAACCACAACUCGCACAGACAGUCGUCGCCAUUCGAAUUGAUGACGUCAAUGACUGUGCACCAAUCUUCGUCGGACUUCCCUACGAUGUCGUCGUUAGCUCCGAUUCCGCCGUCGGGGAGAAAAUUCUCGCCGUGAAAGCCGUCGAUAAGGACAUCGGUGUGAUCAGUGUCAACGGAGAGUUGGAUGCCGAAGAACGUGCUGCGUACAAUUUAUCCGUGAUGGCGAGAGAUGUUACACGAAAUGCCCUGAAUUCAACUGCCGUUGUGAACGUUGAGCUCACUGGCGUCAAUGACAAUGGACCUCGAUUCGAGCACCUCGUCUAUCGUGUGAAUGUGUCGGAAUCGACUCCUGUAGACACGAAACUGUUAACCGUGAAGGCUGUGGAUCCAGAUGGUGGCAAUGGGUUGAUCAGUUAUGCUGUCAGUGGGAAAGACUCUUCCAUUGUUCACAUGGAUCCGGCGACGGGAAUCCUCAGCCUCGCUCAACUGUUAGACUUUGAAAAGCGGCAACGUUAUGAAAUGUCUCUUGUAGCGGCAGACGAUUUCACAACUGGCUGGAGAGAGUCAAGCUACAUUCUGACGAACAAGACUUCGAUCCUAACAGUGCAAGGCCGUGACGGUGUGCCCCCACUGCACUACUCAAUAGGUAGUGGAGAUAAUCGUCAAAGACCGCUACGGAUCGAAAAGCUCACUGGACGGGUUCAUCCGAAAAUUGUUUUCAAUUACCAUCACCAACAUAUGUACAAGGUCCCGCUGGUCGUAGAAGACGCGUUGGGUCGAAAAGCAUUCAGCACCCUGACGGUGAAUGUCGUGGACGCAAACGAUAGUGCACCGGUGUUCGUCGUGGGAAAUUUUUGUGCAGAUGUACACCAUCUGUGUCCGGCGACUGCUCGCGAAGGUGAAACCCUUCUGAUGGUGUCGGCGACUGAUGAUGACGUUGAUGACACUGUAGAGUACACCCUGAUGGGAGACGAUCCAAUGACGCAGUCAUUUCGACUACACCCACGUCACGGCACCUUGUCGAUCGUGAAACCGUUGGAUUCUCUAGCUGGCUCCACAGUGAACCUCGUUGUACGCGCUACUGAUCAAGCCAAUCCGCCACAUCACGCCAAUGCUCAGGUCUCAAUUUCGGUUUUGCCUGAAGAAGUCCCCAUCCCAAAGUUCAGCAAUAGUCACUACCUGUUCGUUAUACCUGAAGAUUCGGCUGUAGGAACUGUAAUAGGAAAAUUGCAACAAACUGAAGGUAGGAAGAGUUUGAUUUUCUCUGAAAUCCCAUCGAUCCAUCAAGGUAUUUCAAUCAAUUAUCGAUUAGUUGCAGAAGUGUCGGAAGUUCGCUUCUCUGUGGUAGAUGCAGCGAAAGAUUUUCCGUUCACAGUGGAACGUGCUACUGGUCAGCUGGUCAUUAGUCGGCAGUUGGAUAGAGAAACAAAGGAGGUGUGGCGUUUCGUAGCUCGCGCAGACGCGGCAGGUAGCGCGCAUUCGAUGACAACGGUAACGGUACGGCUGUCGGAUGUUAACGAUCAUGCACCGAUGUUUGUGGGAGCGUACGAUCGAUUAUCGAUUAGUGAGGAUGCGCCAGUGGGAACUACUGUGGCGGUGUUCUCAGCUACAGACGCGGACAGGUCGCCAGGAGGAACAAUUGCGUUCACUCUAGUGGAGAACGAAGAUGACAGAGCGUUCAAAGUUGAUGCUGAAUCGGGAUGGCUAACUGUUGCGUCACCACUCGAUAGAGAACUCCAACCACUUCAUGAACUUGUAAUCCUUGAUGUCAACGAUGAGGCUCCUCAAUUUGACGAGAAUUUCUACAUUGUCCAUGUGGAUUCCAGCGUUCUGACCAUUGGCCAAAUUAUUGCCCGAGUUGUUGUAACGGACAAAGACCUUCCGCCGUUCAACCACACUCGCUUGUUCAUCAGUCGAGGUAAUGACGACGGCCUGUUCGCCAUUGAUGAUUCUGGCAAAAUCUCCAUCGCCAGGCUGAAUCAGUUGAGGCACAGUUAUAACCUGACUCUUCUCGCCUUUGACGGAACCCACGCGACGACGGCGACUAUGAAUGUUACUCUCAACUCGGGAACGACUUCGGCAUUCGAGUGUGAUCCGGAGAAGAAGAUAACGAUUGAGUACGUCUUCACCCGUCAGUUGGAAUUGAAAAGUGUUUCAACAUCGUGUAGUCAGCCUGUGGAAGUGAAUGUCAUCGAUGUGAAUGAUGAGGCUCCUGUCUUUACAAAAGCCGGUAUACACGUCUCGAUCAAGAAAAUGAACCAGCCAGCGAAAAUGAGCGAUAUUUUGUCACCAGGGUUCAUGCCGUUGACAAGGUGGGUUGUGAUGGUCAUUGUUUUCGCAGACUUUUUGAAGAAGGACUCCGGUGCAUAUGGCCGUGUACAGUACAGCUUGGUUUCCGAUCACGGAGGAAUAUUCGUGAUCGACCGAGAUACGGGAGCGAUUACGGUAACUCGUCCAUUGGAUCGUGAACAAACACAUGAAUAUUUACUGCAUGUAGUGGCUCAGGAUUCAGAUCCGGUCAAACCGAAAAGUAGUAAAGUUCCUUCAUUCAAAGAGUCAAUUACAGCCAUGGUUCUUGUGUCGGUACUCGAUCAGAACGAUAAUCCGCCUGUGUUCGAGAGAAACGAGUAUGUGCUGCAGGUGAUGGAAUCCGAAUCUGUCGGGUAUACAUUGGUGACGGUACGAGCUGAAGGAGGAGACGCAGGAGAGACAGUCAGCUAUAGGCUGGCCGAAAAUGGAACGCACAAUGACUAUGUCAGCCUUGACAAGGAGAAAGGUAAUCUUUUUGGCUCUUCUCCUAACCCAAUGAUCCUGUGCCCGCCGUUGUCAUCUGAAGCUGUUGUCACCAUACAGGUGAAAGCAGUUGAUGCGGACAGUGAGCACUAUGGCCGUGUGGCGUACUCGAUCAAGGAUGACGCGAGCCUGUUUCAAAUCGACGAUCAGGGCUUGAUUACGGUAGCUGGACAACUUGACAGGGAAACGAGGCCCUAUCAUCGCUUCGAAGUGGAGGCUCGUGAUGGCGGUGAACCGGCGCAGAAAUCGGUGGUGACCGUGCUAAUUGACGUGAACGAUGUGAAUGAUAACUCGCCGGUGUUUGCCGAUUGCAACAUGACGGCUGUAGUGCAGGAAGGAGUAAUGCCUGGCCAUACUCUCCUCUCAUUAUCGAUUAGCGAUGCGGAUGGGCCAAAUUUUGCUGGACCGUUCCGUGUGGAAUUGAUUGCUCAUGAUCGUGGAAAUCGUUCAACGGAUUGCCCACUGACAGUGUUUGUAAAGGAAGAAAGCCGACAUCCUCCUCGGAUAGUACCGUUGAGAGUUUCGCUGAAUACGCUGAUGGGAGAAUUUAAAGGAGGGGUGAUUGGUACAGUCCAGGCGAACGAUGAGCGUCUUCAAGACGCUGAGACAUUGCUUCGAUCUCGAUUAGUCGAUGGAAGCGUCCUCGGACCACUUCCCACGGAUGCCCACCCACGAGCUCACGUUGUGAAGCCGCAUUUGUUCCGAGUUGAUGCGAAGACUGGCGAGGUUUGGAGCGCACAUGGCAUCCAUGGAGGUCUUCACGCCUUCAAUGUCUCUGUGACUGAUGGAAAAUUCACCACUGUCAGCUAUGUGGAAGUAGAAGUGACGUCACUAGAACAAGACGCUGUUGAUCAUGCCGUCGCCGUACGCCUGAAAGGCAUGACGGCGUUAGGAGUUUUUCGCGGAACACGCAGCCAAGUUCAAAGCUGUCUUCGCACAGCAUCUGAAUGUGGAUGCGAAAAAAAUAUUCAGUUGCUGAGUGUGCAGGAGACGUCUCGAACAAGGCAACCUCGAUCAUUGUUACCGGAUUCAAAGAACACAGAUCUCGAUAUUCUGUUCACGGUAUCGCGAGGUGGCGGACGUGGAAUGCUGAAACCGGACCAUGUUUACACGAGACUCAAGCACGAUUUCCAGAGCAUAGUGGAUCAAAGCGGAACUAUGAAAUAUCAACUGACGACAGAGAUGUGCACGCCGGGAGUUUGCCAACGAGGCGAGUGUCGUGAACGGGUCUACCUAGACGAUCAGCAACAGACAAUGAUUUCUACUGGAGGGGUUGCGUUUGUGGCCCCGAAUCACCAUCGCGUAGCAGAAUGUAUCUGUCCGGAAGGUUACGGUGGAUCCCGAUGUGAACAAGAAGUAAACGCAUGUGCCCGUUCGCCAUGUCAUCCGUGGGAGAUGUGUGUGCCGUCGGAAGGUUCCCGCUUUGAAUGCGUUUGUCCGCCUGGUUCCUCUGGUGACAGGUGCUCCCAAGCGUCAUGCGCAAAUGAAGGCCGUUGUCUGGAAGGUACCGUAUUAUUGAUCGAUCGGAAUAAAAGCGACGAAACUUCACAAUUUGCAGAAGCAGAGCUUUCUGUUGGUGGAACAGGCUACUUUGAAAUGUCGAUUGCUCAUGAAAUGGAGACACGUAUGGAACUCGAAGUGGAACUGAAGACUACCACCUUGACUGGAGUGAUUUUGCAUGCACAUGGACCGAGUGACUUUCACAUGUUGGAGCUGGUUGACGGACGAGUUGUCUACCGAUGGGAUGCUGGUUCCGGAGAAGGGUCCGUAGCUACAGAGGCGUCGAUUGCCGACGCACAAUGGCACAGGAUCUCCGUCAGUCGUCGUGGUCGCAGAACACGUUUGCAGCUCGACGGUGUUGAUACCAAAGAGGGGUGGAGCCCAGCUGGGAGCGACGUCAUCAACCUCUACUCGUCCAGUCAUCGGCUAUUCUUCGGCGCUCGUGUUGAGCGUGAGAAUUCGUCCUCGGUGUCAAUCACAAAAGCGAUUGUGGCCUGUUUUCGAGCGAUUUCGAUUGAUCGGAGAAGUGUUGCGAAGACUCGCCAAGGCUUACGAUUAUACUCGGCUAGCACAGGUUGUCGAGCGAUGGCAGCCACACCAUGCUCCGAAGCGCCAUGUCGUAACGGAGGAAUCUGUCAAGUGAUCGACAGGACUUAUCAAUGCACUUGUCCAGCCCGCUACACUGGUGCCAAUUGUGAAAUAGAUACAGAUCCGUGUGGUUCUCGUCCGUGUCCGCUUGGCAUACAAUGUAUUCCGUUCUACAAUGAAUACUUGUGCAAAUGCCCGAAUGGUUUCACUGGAAAGCGUUGUGAGAUCAGAGGAUAUGCCUACUAUUGGUUGUUAGCGCGAUUGAUUGGUGAGGACGCGAAAGUAUGGAGGAGAAGUGUUGCAUGCCUGUGGCCAUGUGACGCAAGCUCGAUGUCGGUACCAGCCACCAGUGGCGGUCCAGCACCAACUCUUUGCACCAAAGAGCGUUCGCGUGGGUCGGGAUUCAGAGAUGAUAUUCGAAUCUUAGAACAGGCCCAACUGACAGUGUCUAACCAACGAGUUCAGUUUUUCAAGGUACGGCCACUACCGCAGCGCGAACGCCUUUCAUCCAGCGGUCGCGGCGACUCACGAUCGCCAUCGCUUGUCGGCACAGGAAAGCAGUGGAAACGUGCUACGGAUUACGGUAGUGCAGCAGAUGACUUAGAUGAGUCUGGACGAGUCUCCUCGCAUGAUUCUGGUGCUAUGGAAGCGUUGCGUCGUUUUGGUUUCCGCGUUACCGAAGAAGAUGAGCCAGGACGUUCGUCAAGUGGCAAAAAUCGAGCUCGAGUCAAUGACCGCCAUCCGGUAGUAGCUACGAGAGAUGCCCUUUCGGCACUAAACCAAGAAAGGAUCGAAUCUCUAACUGGUCGGGUGAAAGUUGGAGAAACGGUGCUGAGCCCGGUGAUCAACGAUGACGACUACAUGACGAUGCGACCGCGUCGAAAUUUGGCGACAUCGGGCGAGUCUCAGCGACGACCGCUUCUUGACCAAGAAGACGAUAGCGAUGGUACAGACGAUGCAGUUUUGAGCAGUCAAGCGCCGCCACCACCAAGCCACAAAAAUGUGUUCAAUUCUCGGAUUUACGACGAUCCGCCGACUCGCGGCGGAGGAGGAGGUGAUACCGACUCGCUAGCCACAUCGGCGGCGAUCUGCGAUAUCGAUGCCAGCGAUGUCGAGGAGCUGUCUACCGAUGCUAUAUUAUAG